AUGGCUAGCAUCGCUGGUGCCGACACAAUCACACUAUCUGUUGGCAAUCUCUCCCAAUACUCCGUCUCACUCAGCACUACACCUAGUCUGAGUGGUUCUCGUGCCAUGUUCACUGAGCCUGCCAAUCAUGAUGGCGUCGACAUGGUCAUCUCAGAUGAGUUGCGCACCAGCAUCAAUGAGGCUCUGAACAGCCACUGCACUACGAUCGAUAGUGUAUGUUUCGACAGUAUUAAGAGCCUUUUGUUCAACCGUGACACCAAUCUGGAAGCAAGACAGCUCACUGCUGGGGAGAUGGCACUUGCCGCCAUCCCUCUUAUCGCAUUGUUGUUUCCGAUCAUCCAGCAAGCAGCCGACCCUACGCAAGCAAUGUCACAACGACCAGGAGCGACCUCUAUGCUCCACAUUCCGGCUACACAACUAAGUUCUGCAGCAUCAGUAGCGCAGUCAUCUACCUUUGCUUACGUCACGGAGUCCGCUGUUUCAGCCUUACUCAUCACCCCGACGCCGGACGUUGUCACGACUACUCAGUCUGAUGCACCACGCCAAACCACCCUGACCGAGUCAAAAGAUGGUCACUCAACCGGCGACGUGGCCCUCUUUCUCUCCGCUGAUCUAGCCGCCCGCCUUAACAGCAUGAUAAACAUCAGUAAACAGUGCGCGGCUGGUGCAGAGUUCUCUGGAUCGAACAAACGCAAGCUUCGCAGUCGAGAUGUUGAAGAUCAGCUUGGAGAAGUCGUCUGCGCAGCACGGGAGAUCGUUCUCAACGCCGGUCCCAGUGGCCCCUUCGCAGAGCUGGGUCUACUGGAAGGACAGGAACCGAUAUGGACGAAUCCAGACGUACAGCAAGCGAUGCUUGGGGUACUGGACUUCGCCGCAGACUUGGCGGUAUAUCUAGCUCAACCCCGGCAGGCCAUGAUAAUUAUUGGCGCCGCGUCUUUCCUGCUGGCCUACAACGCCAUUGUCCUUAUGAUGCCUCCGUCGGUAACGAACUAUUGGUCCAAGACCGAGCUGGACGGUACCGCGACAGCAUCCAUCGGCUCCAUGACAACAACAGCUACAUCUACCAUGUCAUCGGCGUCUAAGAACACUUUCGCCUUCUGUCUACCCAAUGAAGAUACGAAGUUUCCCGUCGACGCGUUCAACAAAACCUACACCAAGUUUUGCGAAAAGGCCGAUGGUUCCAAGGAAGAUGUCACCUGGAUGGUCAACUCCCUCGGAGAGCAGUCGCAACUUCAACGCCGGCGCUUCUGGAGACGCGAGACCUCUGAAGAGCACGAUGAAUACAAGUUCGCUCUUUGGUGGCGACCUAACACUGGAGACAAUGCUACUGAGUGCGCCGUGUCAUGUCAGGAAUCUUUCCAAGCCCUGAAUGAUAACGAUUCAUGUAAAGUAGGUGACGAUAAGAAGUUCCUGGCAGGGAGUGGGGCCAUCGAUAUCGGCUGUGGUACAUAUUCCUUUGCUGCCCAUCAUCAGAUUCAGUCGACAGUCGAGUGCCUGAACCACCCACUCGACGCACCAAAGAACGACAAGACCGCCUCCAGUGGAGUAAGCGUCGAGUCAGCCAUCCAAACCUGGUGCAGCGACAACGACGGCCACCAAUUCAGUUCCAACUCCAUCUCCGACAACGUAUACUGGCGCUGGGGCAUCACCCAACUCGACGUGCCCGACCGACGCUCAUUUUGGCUCCGUGCAAAGCCAAACGGCAACAACCAACAAGCUUCGUUUGUGAAAGACGAAUGCGUCGCCGCACUCACCAACGGCCUGAGCACCUGCGACCCCGACUCCGACAACACCCACGGCUUCACCGCUACAGUCGGCACCAUCGACUACAGCCUCGACCUCAGCGGCGUCACGCAGCUCGACAACCCUCCCUGGAACGAACACCCAGCUUUUCCCGCUCCAGAAUUUCUGACCGCCAAGGACAGCAACAACCCCUACACAACUCAAUGUUGGGAUCCGAAAAAAUACUUUCUCAACCGUAAAAUCGCCCCAGACGACAUCGAAAAGGCGAUCAGCGCAUGGUGUAAAGAUGGCACUACGAUCGACGGAUUCGGAAACAAUGCCGACGGCUUCAUGUAUCCGCCAGAAGGCGAGGCGCCUUUCUACCCGAACGAUCAUACGCCCAUGCAUAUGCGUAUGAAUGUAGCGACGGUGAAGACGGGGGAGAAGGAACCGUAUGGGGAUAUGGAGUGGUGCGAGUAA